UAGUCGCUCUGUUUUACUUCUACGAUUUUGGUGGAAGUAAAUUAAUUUUAAAAAUCGGGUUUACAACUCUAAAUUAUCAGUGAAAUUUUUUGUAAACAACAUGGUGGUAUCCGCCGAUAUAACUUUGCCCGAGGAAUCUGAAUUGACAGUGGAAGAAGUCAAUUUAUCCACUGCUACACUAAGAGCUGGAUCCUUCCAUUUAGGAAAAUAUUGCGAACAAGCCAAUAAUGAAUUUAUGCUUUGUCGUCUUGAAGAGAAUGACCCACGUAAAUGUGUUAAUGAAGGCAAAGCUGUCACUGCGUGCACUUUGGAGUUCUUCCGGAAGGUAAAGAAGUCUUGCCUGGCCGAGUUCAACCAGUACACUACCUGUAUUGACAAGAGCUCUGGAGACUUUGGACUGCAACACUGCCGUACUACUCAAGGAGUAUUUGAUGGGUGUAUGCUGGAAAAACUUCACUUGGAACGACCAGGUUUUGGUUACUUCACCGAGGCAAGGGUCCAUGCCACCAACAGGCCUAAGCCCCCAGUUGAAGAAAAGGCUACUUAUCCGGAUGCUACACCAGGUUUACCAGACACAGCAGAGAGGAAACCAGCCAGAUUUGGUUCACGAUUCUACUGGAUGACCGAAUAAAUACCUCUUGAUAUCAUCCAUCAACUCAAAAAAAGCUAGAACCAAGAGAAGAAAAGGCCGUUAAUAAAAAAAUAUUCUUUAUAUGAAGAUAAAAUUCAAAAAACUUA